AACUCCCAUUCUGGUCUGACUGAUCAGCUGUACCCCUUCCUCACAGCACAAGGAGGGACAGCCAGGAAGGAGAAAGUGUAUGAGGAAAAAUUCUGUGAGUGAGGGAAAGUGAGAGGAUGAGAGUUGAACGAGCCUUCACAAAUGAUCCUGGAAGAUUCGCGAAGGAGAUUCUGAGUCUGGAGUAUUUCUACAGCUGAGGCGUCGGCCUGGACCGGGUUGUAGCGUGACGUGUGCGGUAGCUAUCCGCCGACAGGAUCUACAAGUUCUCGUCAGGGUGACUUUUAACAGAGAGUGUUACUUAUCGAACCAGCUAGACGGGAAUUUCAACUCACCUUUCCUGGUUUGCUUGGAGCAUUAUACUGGAUCGCUGUGACCGCUGAGCGAGCUCUCAGCUGAAGAGUAAGUGUGUUCGUCAGCCUGGCAUGACUACUGACAGAAAAUGUCUCUGACAUACUUGCUGUACUCUGAUUCACCAACACAGAAAUAAGGCCAUAAGAAAGUCCCCACCAAGUCACUUGACAGCUGAACUGAUAUUCAUGGUUAAGGUAACAGGGUUGACACUGAGACCCUCCGUUAUAAAAGUGCGUACGUUGUGUCAUUGUUUGAUACACCAACACAGAAAUAAGACGGACAGAAGACCUCCUACAAGUCCGGACAGUACCACCUUAAAACGUCUCACCAUCUGGAUAUCCUGCCACACGCUGGUCGUAGACACUGGAGCAUUUGUGAUGACGUUCUUGUAGGAAUAGAGACGUUCUCAUUUGGAUGUUACAGUGUUGUUCAGACGCAUAACCUUGUUGUAAUGUCAUCGGAGGGGAUGCAAAGCAAAACCGGAAGUAAGUGAAGGAAUAAGAGGAAAAAAGCUACGAGAGGCCGUUGGACGACAGGUGACGCAGAAAAGCACGAUCUGAAACAGAGUUAGUGGUUCAGAUCUGUGAGAGUAGCUCAUGAAAGAUUCCGGAUGGUGUCACAAUAACCUUGAACUCUUUAGACUUUAAACUCCUCAUCAUCUUGCCUCGUUCGGCCUGUGGACAUCCGGUUUCUUCCCUGAAGGAUUCGCCUCCUGCAGAUCUCAUUGUACAACAUGGAUUCCCGGGCUGGUCCGUACCUCAGCCUCAAGACUCUCUGCUCGUAUCUGGGUGCUGCCCGCCUCUGUCAGUUAGCGAUGGGCUGUGCUGUGAUUGCCAUGGUAACCCACAGCGCCGGCUACAGCGGUUCACCUGGUGUGUUCUGCAUGGCGACGUGGUGCUUCUGCUUCGCCACGUCAGUCCUGGUGUUUUUCCUGGAUGCUACUCGUCUCUACAGCUACCUGCCGGUAUCCUGGGACAACCUCACAGUCACAAGCGCCGCCUUGGCGACGCUCAUGUAUGUCACAGCCUCUGUGGUUUACCCGUUGUUCUUUGUCCGAUCUGACUGCCCCUACGCCGGCUGUGAAGUCAGAGAUUUCCGCAUCGCCGUCACCGUCUGCUCCAUCCUGGGCACUGUGGCCUACGGUGCUGAAGUGGCCUUGUGCCGAGCCAGGCCAGGCCAGAUUGUGGUGGGCUACAUGGCCACCAUCUCUGGCCUUCUGAAAGUCGUUCAAGGCUUCGUGGCCUGCAUCAUCUUCGGAGCUCUUCACAACGGCAGUCAGUACUCUCGGUACGCCGCCACCAUCUACUGCGUCGUCGUCUACGCUUUCUGCUUCGCUCUGACGACAGUGGUGGUCAUAAUGAAGGUGUGCAAGCGGACUAAGAAGGUGCACUGCAUGCCUUUUGAACACUUCGUGGUGGUCUGCACUCUCCUGGAGGUUCUGCUCUACUUGAGUGCAUCAGUGGUGUGGCCUGUGUUCUGCUUUGACACCAAGUAUGGCUCCCCGUGGAGACCAUCGUCCUGCCCACAGGGGAAAUGUCCAUGGGACAGCAAAGUUGUGGUGACGGUGUUCUCCUUCGUCAACUUUGGACUGUACACAGCAGACCUGAUCUAUUCCCAGAGGAUACGAUUUGUCCCCUCACGUGUGCCAGCUAACUCUCGGGUGUAGCGUCACUUGGAGAACUUAUUUGACAUCACUGGUUCAACAAGUUUAAGUCACUCAUUUAUGAUUUGUCUGUGAGUUCAAACCGUUAAAGGCCAAAAGGCAAAUACGUUACGUGUGAAAGAUUGCAGGCUCAGGGCAUUACAAGUGCUGCACUUGUCUGCAGCAAAAUCCAAACUGAAAGCACUGUCAAGGAAUCUGCCACACCCCAUGCCUUUGACUUUAACUUCCCUCAGAGCCAGCCUCACCCACCAUUCUUGACCCGUGGCAUGAGACGCAUUUACACGCUACUCAUAUUCUUGUUCAAAUAAAACAAGCAAGUCUUGAAUAUAAAUAGUCAGUCUGGCUUUGGCAUCUGUGGCAUCCCUGUCAUCUGCAAACCCCACACCAACGGUCUGUGGACUUUACCCAGGCUGCCAGAAAUAAACAUGAGCUGCCUGCACCCAUACUGAAGCCAUGACACCGCAUUUAUAGGAGGCUGUUGUCUCUAUGAAAUGCUUCUGUCAGUUCCUGAAAACAGGAUGACCUGCAGUUUGAAUAAACACCAUAGUCACUGUUGCACAAUGUGAUCAUGGUCAGCGUGACCGAGGAGAGGGAACAUAGGACACAAUGUGUCCUCAACUUAACAGGUCAAAUGUUAAAAAGUAAUUUACCACUCAUUUAUUCAGACUCACGGUUAAAAUUAUCUAUAGGAUUCUUAACUGGCAGGUUUCACAUUUAACAGCAUUUAACACAUUUUUCCAAACACUAAUGCUGUUUCUGUACAGCAUCAUUGUAUUUAUAAGAUGUGUGCCCUGAAAUGGCCCCAAAAAAGAUUUUAAUAUAAUACAGAGAACCCAAAUGUAAAUUGUCAAAUAUAAACAUUCGGUCAAAUUAUCCAACAACUGCUAAAAUUUGGUCAGAAAGUUAAGAUGAAAAAAGUUAAAAUCCCUGUAUUGUUCUCAGUUAAGUUGUGCACAAAUUUACCGUACAUCUCUUGAGGCUGCCCAUGUCAUUCGCUGUGUAUGUCACGACUUUGUAAGUAUUAUUUAUGGCUUUCUGGCUGAAGGCUUAUAGUAACUGAAUAUUGUACGACAGUUGUACGAAAUGACUCCGUCGCCGUCCAGCUAAUGCAUAACAUGUGUGAAUCAUUUGUAAAUGUGAUUCAAACGAUUUUCAAUAAGGGAUCGAGUGUUUUUUAUACACGGAUACGUGACGUAGGGCUUCUUUUCUAAUUUCCCCAUCAAGUUUUGCACGUGCAUAAGCCAACAGAUCCUCAAUCUUAAGCUUUGGACGUCAGUGCUGGACAGAGAGACUGUCUAUCCCUCCAUCUUAUGGGGGCAAAAGAGCUGAGACACAGAAAUAAAAUCAGUUUUUUUCCUCCUUUAAACACCAUAGCAACCUCCUCCUCCUCGCCUCCACCCCUCCUUCCUUCUCAUCUUUGGUCACUCCAGUGAAUCUCCUCUCUCUAAUCCAGGAUCAAUGUAGUGCCCUGUCACAUCUGUGCGCUCUGUGGAUGUCUUAUACUGAGUCUUCUGGAAGUGUUGUGGCACAGCACAUGUCCCCCAGAACUGCCUCGGUUCUCAUGCAGCAAAUCCAGCACCAGUUGGCUGCUCUUGUAUCCAAAUCUGCAUAAGACUGCGGAAAACGUCACUGUGUGGCUCGGAGCUUUGCUCGCUGCCAAUUUAUGUAAAUUAGUAAAAUGGUACAAGUGAAACAUGGACAGAGAGCAGAUGAGUGGUGGAUUUACAAAGCGGUGAUCAUUUUAGCGGCAGUAAAUACGUUUUGCUGUUGAUGUGAUAUUUUUAUCUCGUGUGUGUUUCUCGGCUUUCGGGAGCAUCAUGAUCCUCAGCGUGAUUAUUUCAUUUCGACAAGCCCUUGGGAGGCAGCACUUGAACUCUUCCCCUGACAAAUAUCUCCGGAGUGAGACGUACCAUCAGUGAAAUGUGACAGAGCCCAGAGAAAGGUAGCACAGAGAGUGACGGACGGCGCCACCACAGAGCAGUCUGUAGCUUGGUUGAGGCCUGCGUGCGCUCCCCGCUCCUCUCCAGACCUCCGGUUUAGCAGCUGUUCCAUGUUUGGCGCUCGUUUGACUCCUCUCUUCCCACGGGUCUCUGUCUUAAACAUAGCUGUGUGACAGAGAUGAGCCGCGACAGGUGUCCAUCAUGACUGUCCCCUCGUGACUUUCCAGCUGGGGGCACACGGAGGGACGGCUGGCUCACUGUUGUGACUAAUCCGUGAUGGCGCAUGUUGCUGAUGUCAGCUUCCCCCGGUAGAUCUUGUCUCUCGUUUUGCCAAAUGUUGAGUGGAACAUUAUUGAGGUCUAAACCGUAGCCCUCAGUGGGUCUGGGACUACGUCAGACCGUAGCUUCAGGAAACUACUGUAUACAAAACAGUGUGGGUGCUUAUUUUGAAAGCAUUCACCACGGCCAGUAGAGUUCAUCAUACAGACUGUUACUGUUUUAAAGGAAGAGGUGAUCUGCAUAUUAUUAAAAGACCUACAGCGGGUAGGUACUCAACAAUCAGUAAAUAUACUUGACCAGAUGUUGGUAACGACUCUUAUAAUCCACACAUGCAUAGAAAUGAAACCACAGAUGUCCAUAACUGAAGUUAUGUUUAAUAAUGUAAAACGACAGAUUAAAUAAUAUAGAACACAUGAAGAGAGGGGCCUGGAAAAAGGGUAUGGUGAUGUUAAGAAGGAUACAGAAGGAUUUCUAAACGUUCUGAAUGCUCCAGUCACCACUGUUGAGGCCAUAAUUUCCAUUUAAGUGGAAAGAACAACAUUUCACCAUAAACCGGCCAUGACCAGGUGCUUCGUGCAAGAUUUCUGACUGGAAUUAUCAGAAGAGUUGUCCAAGACCCGAGGGCAACGCGUGGAGCGCUUCAGAGAGACCUGAAAUUAGCCGGUGCAACGGUUGUACAAUGGAAAGAAAACAAGAAGAAAUGAGCUUGGCCGCUGUGGCCUGUAUGCACGUUUACCAGGAAAACAUGUUGCUGCUUGUUCAGAGUUUGCUGCACAACAUUUAGACAAAACUGUGAAAUACUGGGAGAACAUCGUCCGGUCAGAUGAAACAGAAGUUGAACUUUUCAGAUGCCUUAACACACAUCACGUUUGGAGGUAAAAUGACACCAGACAUCAGACCAAGAGGUGGGAACAUCAUGGUGUGGGGCAGUUUGUCAGCAUACGGCACUGGAAAGCUUCAUAUAACUGAAGGGAGGAUUAACAGACAAAUGUACAGAGACAUCUACAAGGACGAUGGAGAUGGAGAAACAAGGGUGGACAUUUCAGCAAACAAACAGCCAGUGAGCUCCCAGCCAGCUACCCGACUGGAGUCCAAGAGAAAAUCUAUGGAAAGGACUAAAGAUCAGGGUUCAUAGAGGAGGAUCUGAAGACUUUUUGUGUGGAAGAAUGGACCAAAAUCACACCUGAAUAAAGCACGUGACUACUUACUCCAUAUAGGAGGUGCCUUGAAGCCGUUAUUACCAACAAAAGCUUUUGUACAAAGUAUUAAUUUCAGUGUGUUCAGUACUUUUUCCCCGUGUCAUGCAUUUUAUUACACAUACAUUUAUGGACAUGUAUGGUUUGAUUUCUUUGCAUGCAUGGGUUGCUACUGACAUCUGGUACUACAUAGAAAUAUAAAUACAUUUAGUGAGAAAAAUAGUGAUGUUGUGUCCUUUCUUUACCUGCUGCAUCUCUGCAAUCGUGUUUGUAAUUUUUAUUUAUCCAAAGCUCUUCUGCGUGCAUGUGUACAUGAAAGGUGCUAUCUAAAUGAAUAAAGUUUGCUUAAAUUCCAAAAUCUAUAAAAACACUUAUAUUGUUUUUGUUCCUUUUCACUGAAACUGUACAAAUAAAAUUCAAACUACUGACAUGUA